AAAAAUUGAAACUUUGGCAUCAUUUGCGAUAGAGGCAGAGAGAGAGAGAGAGAGAUCCAAAUUCCAAAGAUAUGCUCAUUGGAAAACCCUAAAUCGAUCCCCCCAAAACCACCAAAUUUGGAGACUGUGAUUGAGCGUGAUGAAGGUCGACGAGAUUGAAGAUUUCAGAUUCGAGGAACUCGAAGAUCUCGAAAUGGAGACGGAGAAAGACAAGGAUAGGCUGAUGACGCCGACGAUGAGGACGAUGUACCAUUCUUCUUCUUCUUCGUCUCCGUCUCCGUCUUCGGCUUCGGCGUCAUCCUCUGCUGCGUCGUCUCUCGCUGCUAAGGCAAUUCGAGCAUCUUCUGCGCAUAGAGACUCUUCUCUUUCCUCUGCUUACUCGUCUCCUUCUUCUGCUCCUGUUCCCACUCCUCCCAAGGAGGUGAAGAAGGCUCAUGAGUAUACUUCUAUGAAAAGUUUGAAUGAGCCAAAACGAGGCUUUUGGGGAAGUUUAGCUAGUAAAGCUAAGGCCUUUUUGGAUGAGGAUGAUCCUCAACAAUUUCCCCAAAGUCCUAAGAGAACGGAGCAGAACAUACCUUCUUCAACGACUUCAGUAACUAAGGAAGCUGGUCAGACAGGUAGGAAAAGCGAGAAUCCUUCAUUGCAGAGAAGGUUAGACGCUAUCACUUCAUCGUUAAAUUACAUUGGUGGCACUAUUGGCACUGCUGUUGAGGAGGGUAUUACCGCUGUGGAGAACCGUACUGCAGGCAUCAUUCAAGAAACCCGUAAAAAGAUUAAAAAGAAGCCAAGUCUUACAAGGAAUCAGCAGAAUCCUGAGAUACAAGCAGAUUUGGAAAUUCAACUAAAGGCAUCUCGCGACGUUGCAAUGGCCAUGGCUGCCAAGGCAAAACUUUUACUUCGGGAGCUGAAGAUGGUAAAAUCUGAUCUCGCCUUUGCAAAGCAACGAUGUGCACAGCUGGAAGAAGAAAAUAAGGUUCUGAGGGAGAACCGUAAUGGUGGGAACAGCCAAGCGGAUGACGAUGAUCUGGUGCGACUUCAACUUGAAACAUUGUUAGCUGAGAAAGCUCGAUUAGCUCAUGAGAACUCGAUAUAUACUCGCGAAAACCUUUAUCUGAGAGGAGUAGUCGAAUAUCACCAGCUCACAAUGCAGGAUGUGGUCUACUUUGAUGAGAAGACUGAAGAAGUAACUGAGGUGUAUCCCAUUAAUGUCACUUCAAUGUCUUCUUCAUCAGAUAACUCUCACAAUCCAAACCCAACAGUCUUGGAGCUCAAAUGAAACACAACAACUACUCUCUUAUGUUCUUGUUGUGAAUCAGACAAGAAGACAAAUCGUUGUCUGUAAUUGCUCUGUAUCUGUAGAAAUAUAUAAACUUUGUACUCUUUAUUUGGGGUGGGGGUCUAAAGAAUUAGCAGUGAAUGUUAUUUAAUUACCCUUAAUUAUUCAAAAAAGAAAAAGAGAAUGUUCUGUGA